AUGAAAGAACUUUAAGAAGAAUUUGAGAAUAAUGGAGAAAAGUAGAGAUAAAAAUUUUUGAAACAUUUAUAUGAAAUUCUUGAUGUAUUUAUAUAUACAAAUAUUAAAUAGAAUCCUAAAAAUGAUUAAAUCAUAAGAUGGUAUGAACAUGGGUUCGUAAUUUGGAAUGUAGAUGAAUUUAAAACAUAAUUGCUACCUUCUAAUUUUAAACAUAAUAAUUACUAAAGUUUCAUGAGAUAACUCAAUAAAUAUGGAUUCAAAAUAAAAUCUAAAGAAAAUUAAAAAGCUUAUUUUACUCAUCCUACUAUUAGAGAGAAUUAAAGGGAAACAAAAAGAAUUCUAACUUACAAAAAGGCUUAAUCAAAAUUAGAUUACCAAAAAGAAUUAAAAGGUUUAAAAGUAUAAUUAGACAAUCUCAAAGAAGGAUAAAAGAUCUUAAAUAAAUAGUUUUAAUUAUCUAUUAAAAUCAUGAUGAAAUUGCAAUCCCAUUAUGCUAGAUUGAAUAUGGUAUUGUUAUAAUAUUAUUUAGAUGACAUUGCAUACCGUUGGGUUUGCAAACAUUUUUGGAAAUCUUAUGUACACAAAUCAUAAGAGAAUAUGGGGAAAUAUUGGUGGAGAUCUUUUUUAGGUAAUUAAUUAUAAUAUUAACAUAAGUUCUAACUUAAUUCAAUAGUUUAAGGGUUUCCUGAACUCCUAGAAACAAAAUUACAAACUCCUAUGAUGAGUAACUUAGGAACUCCAUUGCCUUUUUAUUAAUUCUUUGGCUAGAUGAAGGAAUUCACAAACUUACUUCUUUAGUGA